AUGACGAGCGUCGUGUCCCGCGUGGCGCCCAAGGCGCUCGCGCUUGCGCGCGGCUUCCGCUCGAGCGCCGCCGUGGCCAAUGGCGUGGAAGAAGCGGGGGAGACGGUCCUGGCGCGUGUCUAUGGAGGACUGAAGGACGAAGACCGCGUCUUUACGAACGUCUACGGCGAAGACACUUGGCGCGUGGACGGCGCGCUGCGUCGCGGCGACUGGUACCGCACCAAAGACUUGCUCUGCAUGGGCCCCGAGUGGAUCGUGCAGGAGAUCAAGGACUCGGGGCUGCGUGGCCGUGGCGGCGCGGGGUUCCCAAGUGGCCUCAAGUGGUCGUUCAUGCCCAAGCAGACGGACGGUCGUCCCUCGUUUCUGGUCGUGAACGCCGACGAGAGCGAGCCAGGGACGUGCAAGGACCGGGAGAUUAUGCGGAAAGACCCGCACAAACUGGUGGAAGGGUGUCUCUUGGCGGGCUUUGCCAUGCGUGCACGAGCUGCCUACAUUUACAUUCGUGGGGAGUUUUUCAAUGAGGCACUUGUGCUCCAAGAAGCUAUCCAUGAAGCUUACGAGCGUGGAUUCCUAGGCCAUAAUGCCUGUGGGUCGGGAUACGACUUUGACGUGUAUCUGCAUCGUGGGGCUGGUGCGUACAUUUGCGGCGAGGAGACGGGACUGCUCGAGAGUCUUGAGGGUCGUCAGGGAAAACCACGUCUGAAACCACCUUUCCCGGCUAAUACGGGCUUGUAUGGAUGUCCUACUACGGUGACGAACGUGGAGACGGUUGCUGUAUCCCCUACGAUCUUGCGUCGCGGUGGAUCGUGGUUUGCUGGCCUUGGACGCAAGAACAACCAUGGCACGAAGCUUUUCUGUAUUUCGGGGCAUGUUAAUAACCCGUGUACAGUGGAGGAAGAGAUGAGUAUUCCUCUUCGUGAACUGAUUGACCGUCAUUGUGGUGGUGUUCGCGGUGGGUGGGACAACCUGCAGGCGUGUAUUCCUGGUGGCUCGUCUGUGCCAGUGCUGGAUGAGGAGCUCUGCCAGGACAUUAUGAUGGACUACGAUGACUUGAAGCAGCGUGGUGGCUCUGGUUUGGGCACGGCAGCCGUCACUAUUUUCGACAAGAGUGUUGACAUGGUCGGUGCGAUUCGCCGGUUGUCGCACUUCUACACUCAUGAGAGCUGUGGCCAGUGCACGCCUUGUCGUGAGGGUACAGGUUGGAUGGAGAGUGUGCUCACUCGUAUGGAGACUGGUGACGCCGAGCUUGAGGAGAUCCCCAUGCUGGAAGAGAUUUCGCGCCAGAUCGAGGGCCACACCAUUUGUGCUCUUGGUGAUGCUGCUGCGUGGCCCGUGCAGGGCUUGAUUCGGAAGUUUAAGCACAAGAUCGUGGAGCGCAUUAAGGAUCCCUCGAGCUUUAACCCGGAGGACUAUUUUCAAAAGGCGUGGCCCGGUGUUCCUCUUGAGAACCAGGCGUGGGUGGACAAGUUUUCCGAUGGCUCGACUUACGAGUCGAAGGCUUCUGUGUAA